AUUAAAAAAAUAGCUAGUGGAAUGGCAAUUUGGUGAAUACGAAGAAUAUUAUAACCAAAUUCGUAGGCUGGCAGCUACUUAAAAUGGGCUGCUCAGUUUCUAUUUCUCAAUUAAACAAAACCCAAAACACCGAAGCAUCGGCGAAAUGGCGAAAAAUCACCUCCUCCGCCUCCUCAUUGCCGCCGCAGCCGUGGCGGCGCUCCUCCUCAGCACGGCCGAGGCCGGCGGAGACUUCAGCUGGAUUCCGGUGAGCACUCCGUCGACCUGCCAGGGAUCGAUCGCGGAGUGCAUGGCCGAGGGCAGCGGCGAGUUCGAGAUGGACUCCGAGUCCAACCGGCGCAUAUUAGCCACCACCAAGUACAUCAGCUACGGUGCGCUGCAGGCGAACAACGUGCCGUGCUCGCGCCGCGGCGCGUCGUACUACAACUGCCAGCCUGGCGCCGAGGCUAACCCCUAUUCGCGAUCGUGCUCCGCCGCCACACAGUGCCGGAGUUAGUAUAAUUAUUUCGAAUUUUUCGUUUCUUAUUUAAUUUGUGCCUCGCUUUUUUACAUGGAGUAUAUGUUUAUAGAAAAGGUAAAGAUUGAUGUAAUAAAUUUUCUCAUUUGAAAGAUCGUUUUGUAUAAUACUCUACCGUCUCUACGUAUACGUUUCUCUGCUUUCGAUUUCUGAAA